AUGUGGCCCUUGGACCUCUUGUUAUUAUCAAUUUCAUAUAUAGCCAUUAAUUUUAUUCAUAAAGAAUGUCCAAAAUGGACCCAUGGAGAUUUUUGUGAGAAGAGGUGUGAAUGUAACACGACUACCAGUGCAUCUUGUGAUGAGGACACGGGGAAAUGUACUUGUAAACCGGGGUACUUUGGUGACUUCUGUAAUUGUAUCACUAAUGUUCACACCUGCAAUCUAAAGAUAUCAAUCUGCCACACGAACAGCUCUGGCAAUGCCAUCUGUCUCUGUAAGCCUGGAUUUUCAGAGGACGAGUACAAAAAUGAAAAAUGUCUAAAGGAACAAGUACGGCUGGUCAAUAAGACUUCCUCCUAUGAAGGCACGGUUGAAAUAUAUCGAUCUGGGUCCUGGGGAGGAGUGUGUAAAAACAGAAUGACGAAAAAGGAUGUCCAAGUUGUGUGUCGAGAGCUUGGUUUGCCUUGGAAUUAUGCUCAGUUAAUUAGAAAUAUAGACACUUUACCAAGUUCCUACUUCAAAUGGUCAAAUAUCAAUUGCAAUGGAACAGAACAAAGUCUUCUAGACUGUGAAAGAGAUUAUGACAGCAGCACAUACUGUUAUAACGCACGUCCUGCUAUAAUAGUAUGUCCAAAUGAACCAUGGAUAAGGCUGAUAUCAAAACAAACAACUAAUACAGAAACUAGUGGAAUUCUACAAGUGUAUCACAACAACGAAUGGGGUUAUGUUUGUGAAAGUGGAUUUGAUGAGGAUGAUGCUGUUGUAGCCUGUCGAGAACUGGGAUUGCCAACGAAAUUCGUGCAAGGAAAAUCUGGAAGUACAUCGUCAAGUGUUAAAACGCACCUGAAAUAUGUGAAUUGUAACGGUAAUGAAGAAACUCUGUCCGAUUGCUCCGCUGACAAUGGGAGUUAUUGUUCAAGUUAUAGAUACAGCAGGGUUAAGCUCUCCUGUGAUAGUGAAUGCCCUCACAUGAAAUAUGGUGACAAUUGUCAAGAAGAUUGUCCGUGUAUCAGCUUUAAUGCUGCUUCUUGUGAUAUGGAGACUGGAGAAUGUGUCUGUAUGCCAGAGUAUACCGGGUUUUCCUGCAGCUGCCAAGCUGGUCUUCAUACCUGUGACUUAAACGUUUCUGAUUGCUACCAGGAAUCCAAUGAAGUAUCAUGCAUUUGCAAAAAAGGUUUUACGAAAUCAGAGCACAAUUGCACAGACAAUGUGCGCUUAAGUCAGGAUAAUUUCGUGCAAGUCUUCGAAGGUUAUGGAUGGUCCGGGAUCUGUAAUAACAACCUAAAGUCUAACGCUUUAGUUAUCUGUCGCCAUCUUAACCUAAGCACGGAAGUUGUAUAUUCAACUUCAAAGUAUAGGAGAUAUGGAUACACCGAGAGGUCGGUCAGUUGUAGAGGAACAGAGAACCUGGUGUCGGAGUGUCCUUCUAGAACGGGCUCCUCUUGCUCAUACACUCCAGAAGUCCACUGUGGCGAGUGCCCAGAAUGGAGGUAUUCAGCAGACUGUUCCGAGACGUGUGAUUGUGACAGGGAUACAAGUACUUGGUGUGAUUUCAGAGACGGGACCUGUUCUUGUCGUGACGGUUUUAAAGGGGAGGACUGUAGUUGUCACGUGUCUACCGAGUCUUGCUCGGCAUCGUCCUCUAAAUGUAAACUUGACAGAUGUAUCUGCAAAGAAGGGUCUUUUAAUCAGUCAGCUUCUUGUUCAGAUUUUGCUGAUGUCAUUUACUUUUGCUCUUUUGAAAAGUAUUCAUGGAAAAGUACGUGCGGCAUUGAAACAUCAAAUACACGUUUGUACCAUAACUCUUACGGAUCAACGUACGGCUGGAAACCAAGCAGCGGAACUGAUGACUUGAAUUACGUUUAUCUGGAUACGAAACCUUAUUACUUGUCAGCUGAUAGUUAUAAUACUGAAAUGAAUAUAACGUUGAAUAUAAAACGAAAGCAGUUUUGUCUUUACUUUGACUACUUCCUUUAUGGUCGAGGGUCGAUAAGGAUCUCUACAAUAGAUAACUCGUACUUGGAAUCUUCCGUAGCGGUUCUGUCUGGGUCGCAGCAAAACUGGACGUCCAAAGACACGCAGAUAAAUGGGUCAAAACCUAUAUACAUGAUUAAAAUCAGGAUGGAGGAGAGGACUGCCAUUGACAGAAUUAUCGUUGCAGGGUCCAGUUGUGUUUGUUCCAACUGGACGUUUGGUCGAAACUGUGACAAAUGUGCCUGUGUCAGGAUGCACACAGAGUCUUGUGACAAAACUACCGGGACCUGUCGCUGUAAGGCUGGGUAUACUGGGGACGCAUGUCAGUGCGAAGAUAAUGGAAGACCCUGUCUCCAUGACGUAAGAUUGGUGAAUGGAAACGCAACAAACAUGGGAAGAGUAGAAGUCGUCACUGAAGGCAUAUGGUCCACAAUAUGUGACGGAAACUGGGAUGAUAAUGACGCAACAGUCGUCUGCAAACAACUAGGACUCGGAAAAUACGGUGUUGCAAUGAAGAAUGCUGAAUUUGGGAAAGGAGUUGGUCCUAUCCAUGUCGACAUGGUUGAUUGUAAGGGAGAUGAAGAGGAUUUGUUAUCAUGUCAUUUUUUUCGAUCUUCAUGUGACCACUCCGAUGAUGCUGGGGUAGUGUGUGUUAAUGCUUCGAGUAUAAUCCGCCUGAGAGAUGGCACCGACCGGACCAAUGGUCGUCUGGAAAUCAAAUGGCAUGAACGCGGACCUUGGGGUACAGUCUGUGAUGACGGCUUCGGAGAAUCGGAUGCUAGAGUAGCAUGUCGACAGUUAGGUCUACCCACGAGAUCUGUUCAAGCAAAAACAUCUGCUUAUUAUGGAAUGGGAUCGGGGCCGAUUCUUUUCAGCAAUCUACGGUGCAACGGAGAUGAACCUGCUAUUCAGUCAUGCUCUUCCACAAAAAAUCCCAGUAGUUGUGGGCAUUUUCAAGACGCCGGUAUAUCUUGCUCAAAUGAUUGUCCCGCCUUCACUUAUGGAAAUGAAUGUAAAGACGAUUGCGUUUGUGACCGUAGUAACUCUUUGUCAUGUGACAAAGACACGGGGGAAUGCAUGUGCAGGAGUGGAUGGUCUGGUGUACGUUGCACGUGCGGACGAAGAAUGAAAUGUGGCGAAAAUUCGUACUGCGAUGAGUACAAAUGCCUAUGUGUGGACGGUGUUUUCACUAAACCAUCCAACUGUUCAGAUGUCACAGACGUGUUGUAUUCCUGUUCGUUUGAAACAGAUUUUGAAACAUGUUCAAUUAAAAAUUAUGGCGACAUGAAAUGGAGGAAAGAUAGCAGUGGAACACCCAGUGAUGACACGGGCCUAUACUCGGCGAGAGAAGGAAAAUACUACGUUUAUACUGAAGCCACCAGCCAAUCCACUGGCGAUAAAGGAGUAAUGGAAAUACCCGUAUCUAAUUUAAAUCUUACUACACAUGCCUGUUUCCAGUUUUAUUAUCACAUGAGAGAGGAUGAUAUGGAUGACUUGAAUAUAACUGCACAGGACACAUAUGGAUCUGAAAUUACUCAAUUGAAAAAAAUUCUUUGUAUGACAAAGUCAGGACAUUUUGGUUCCAGAUGGGACAAGGGCUUUUUUUCUCUCCCACCCACCUCUUCAUUGAUUAUGAUAACUGGAAUCAGAGGCGAUGGGUAUCAGUCAGAUAUUGCACUUGAUGACUUCAAAAUCUUUCAAGGGCAUUGUAAUUGUGAUCAAUGGAAAUACGGAUUAACAUGUGAAAAAUUAUGUGACUGCAUAAGAGGAACCUCUGAUGGGUGUAAUAGUCAAACCGGAAGCUGUAUUUGCCAGUCAGGAUGGAGCGGCAAAACAUGUAAUUGCGGGAAAUCAGGAGACAACUGUCACCCUGCAUACUCUUAUUGCUAUGGAGAUGUAUGUUUAUGUAAAGAUGGCGUUUAUGACACCGGUGUUACGUGCUCCGGUAUCAAUGACAUCACAUAUUUCUGUGCAUUUGAUAUGCCAGACAGUCUCAAACAGUGCAAAAUUGCAUUACCUCCAAUGCAGUGGGAGAUCGAAGAGGACAGAACUCAUUCGAUUAGUGAUAACUAUCAUCUGACAAACAACCACUACUUGCAAACAAGACUGUCUCCGGAAAGCACAAUGUUUUCAUUUUCCCUCAAGAAUAUAUCGUUGAAAACUGAUAGUUGUCUUCAAGUCAAAUAUUUCACACGCGAUCCAAUGAAACAAAGUCUUCGAAUUCAGGUGAUAAGAAAUGGGUAUUUGAUAAGUAAUAGACUGUUUCAAGAACGGGAUUGGUCAACUGCGCGUGUCUCCAUAAAGGCAUCUUCAGAGAUCAAGAUUCAUUUUAUUGUGAACAUCUACAAUCGUUUGCCUGUGCUUAUAGAUGACAUAAUCAUAACGGCAAAGAGAUGUGGAAAACUUUGGAACUCCUCAUGUGAUGUUAAUGAAGAAUGCAAAACCUCUUACUGCCAUCCUGAGAACCAAGUGUGUUAUUGUCCUGUGUACUCAGAAAUUGAUUUAGUUAAUGAAGUAUGUGUUGCUAAACAAGCAAAAUCAACACAAGAAGAACAACAACAGUGGUUGAUUCCUGUCCUGCUGCUUAUUGUCAUACUGAUUAUAAUACUUAUUGCUGUCAUCGUUAUAUUCGCUAAAAGAAAGGGAUACAUUCUAUGGGGAACGGGAAAUGAUGCCACCUUUACGUAUUCGGAGCUAAUGUCAGCAUCCAACCCAUUGUAUGCAUAUAAUACAGAUGACAAGAGUUCGCAUCGAGGUUCUGUAAUUUCUAUAAACCAAGCGGCGGAUAGUACCCACAGAAUACGUUUGAGUACAUUUGGAGAUACCUAUGAGAGUUUGUGUGAUGAUGUUAGUUGGCCAGAGGAAGAAUUUAGGAGUAUACUGAGAUCCUGCGAGCAGAGACCUACAGACAUAGGAGCAGCAUCACAGAACAGACAUAAAAACAGAAGCAGAGACGUCUUGCCAUAUGACUACAACAGAUUGAGGGAAUCCGGUACAACCAGUGUGAACGACUACAUCAACGCGAGUGUUAUAGAGGGUCUACAUAGUCACUACCCUUAUUACAUUGUGACACAAUAUCCACUCAUUUCGACUCAAAAUGACUUUUGGGGUAUGGUGUGGAAGCAAAGAGUAGCAUCGAUUAUUAGUCUUGUUUCCAGCAGUGAAAAGGAAGUAUACUUUCCAACAAGAACUGGUAUGACAAGAACUUUUGGUAAAAUCAAGGUGCAAACGCUGUCAACCUUAACUGUUCACAGGUGUACAUUCCGAUGUUUAAAGAUUGUGAAGGGGUCUAAGAGCCACACAGUGAAUCACUUUCAGUCAUCAUUUCUCUCCAACUUCACGAAAGAUGAGUGUUCAGAUCUUUUAAAUCUCAUUAAUCUUGUGCAUUCCAAUUCUGAGGAGGGGUAUGAUAGCAGACCACUUAUCAUACAUUGUCUGAAUGGAACUGGUAAAUCAGGUAUCUUCGUUGCCAUGGAUUAUCUCAUACAACUUAUUAGGAAUGGCGAUACUCAUGUCGAUAUUUACAACCUCACACACGUCCUGAUCGCAAAUAGGGAGAAAUUAAUAGAAAACGAGACACAGUACCAAUUCUUGUAUGACUGUGUAGAAUCUUACUUGGAUCACGAAAAGAAAAGCCCACCUCAAAAACUACCAGAGCCUAAUUCUACGGAGGAGGAAGAUGCUGGACUUAUAGAACUGUCCCCAACUGAUAAGACCACAUUCUUCUCUAAGAAGUACUGAGGAAAGAUAGCUUUUAAAUUUUAGAAACUUUCUAAAAUACCGGACAAAAAUUAUCCAUUGAAUGUUGUGCAAUGUAACUGUCACAACUUUUGUGUCUAGAUCUACAUAUUUUCCUUUUGUCAACUGAGAAAAACUUGUUAUUAUUGCUUAUGAAUUAGAUAUUUUGAAAACUUGUUUAAUGUCUAAAUAUAAUAUAUUGAUUUUAAAAAUUAAAGAAUGAAUGCUUAUAACAAAUAUUAAGUGUAGGAGGAUGAAUAACAAGCUUUUGUAUACUGGCAGGGUUACGUUUUAGUCACGCUGCACUAAAUAAGACAGUAUUAAUCUACUCAUUUCAGGUCAAUAUGCUAAUUUUGCUAAUAAAAUCUUUAAGACUUGAAAAUUUACUAUGUAUCAAAUUAUUGAUGCUUAAAAGAGGUAUUAUGAAAGUAUUUAGAAAUAUGUUUUUUUUAAUAUAUUCCUCUUGAUAAUAUAAAACUACUUUUAAUCCAUUAACAUGAGAAAUAUUGGGGAAAACAAAACGUUAUAAAUGUCGUAUUUUACUUUUCUUUAAAAUCUUUAUAUCGUAUGAGGAUUAAAACAUGUGUAAUUAAAUUGCAUUGAAUAUUUUCAUAUGCACAGUAUGCACUUUUGAUUUUUUUUACCAAAUAAAAAUUCUUCAUUUAUAAGCUUUAAUUAUACACUAAAAGCAAUGUUUCAGAUGUUUGGAUUAAAUAUUGUAUAUUUGUUAGAAUCUCUGCAAGGUUUUUUAAAGUAUAAUAUG